CGCGGAGCCGCCGGCCGCGGGGAGCGGGACCCCCGCCGCCCACCCAUGGUCCCGGCUGGCAGCCGGGGCAGCCCCCCGUGAGGACGGGCACGGGCACAGCGCCGAGCCCCCACAGCCGCCCCGCCAUGACGAGCCUCUUCCGACGGAGCAGCAGCAACGGCGGCUCCCGCGGCGGCUCCUCCGCCCAGGAGCUCAACAACAGCCGCCCCGCCAGGCAGGUGCGGCGCCUGGAGUUCAACCAGGCCAUGGAGGACUUCAAGACCAUGUUCCCCAACAUGGACUACGACAUCAUCGAGUGCGUCUUGAGAGCCAACAACGGCGCCGUGGACGCCACCAUCGACCAGCUCCUGCAGAUGAACCUGGACGGCAGCGGCUGUGACGACAGCUCGGACUCGGAGGACAGCAUCCCCCCCGAGAUCUUGGAGCGGACCCUGGAGCCGGACAGCUCGGACGAGGAGCCCCCUCCCGUGUACUCCCCCCCUGCCUACGAGAGCCAGGCACUGGGCAGCCGCUACCCCCGUGCCCCACCCACACCCCCACCCAGGACGGACGUGCCCGGCCCCGGCAGCACCGGGCACUACAGGAACUGGAACCCGCCGCUCCUGGGCAACCUCCCCGAGGAUUUCCUGCGCAUCCUGCCCCAGCAGACAGCCAGCACACAGGGCUCGCAGGGCUGCCGGCAGCCCGUGCCACGGGGGCUGCUCCCGCGGGGCCAGGGCUCCCUGGAGCAGGAGCGGCGCUGGAAGCAGUACCUGGAGGACGAGAGGAUCGCCCUCUUCCUGCAGAACGAAGAGUUCAUGAAGGAGCUCCAGAGGAACCGCGAUUUCCUUCUCGCCCUGGAGAGAGAUCGAUUGAAAUAUGAGUCAAAAAAAUCCAAGUCCACCAGUGUUGCUGUCAGCAACGACUUUGGUUUCUCCUCCGUAUUAUCAGGUGACGUGGCUCCCUCUGUCACCAGCGAGGCCGGCGGGGCCGUGUCCGACGAUGCCUUAUUCCGAGACAAGCUCAAACACAUGGGGAAAUCCACUCGCAAGAAGCUGUUUGAACUCGCCAGAGCCUUCUCUGAGAAGACGAAGAUGAGGAAAUCAAAAAGAAAACACUUGUUGAAGCACCAGGUGAUGGGGACAGCAGCUUCCACAGCAAAUCUUCUCGAUGACGUGGAAGGACAUGCAUAUGAUGAAGAUUUCCAAGCACGGCGGCAGCAGCUCCGGGAGGAGGAGGAGACGCCGAAGGAAGGGCAGUAAACGGUCCCAGCACUGGGGUUUCUUGCUGGCACAGGACGUGCACAAGGCUUCAUCAGGAGAUGGCUGAAAAAGGAAAAACCCACCCAACAAAUCACCCAGAUUUUGGCUGUUCCCCCUCUGCUGCUGUACGCCUCUGAAGUACAAGUAUCGAAGUGAGGCACAAUGUUUUCUUACCCGUGGUUUGAAAACAACUUUUCCUAUCCAGCAAAUCAGCCAAAAAGGAACAAAAAAAGGAAAAAAAACAAAGCGGGCAGCUGCUGUGAGCGGAGCCAGCGAGCUCCGGCUGGGGAGGAGCAGCCCUGCCUGAAGAAGGAGGGAUGAAAUCAGUGGUACUAACGAGGAUCCAUUCACACGUGGGGUCUGCUUGGCCAGAGCACUCCUGAACAUAUCUGUAGUGGUCUGAUGUAACUUCAUUCUGCGCACACCGGGACAAAAACCACGUGAGAAAGGGAAGCUAACAGCCGUUGUCUAUUAUUGCUAGGAGUAAUGAGCAGAGAUUCAGAUCAGGUAAUAGUCAAAUAAUAUAAAUUGUUUAUAAAGGAAAGGCCUUCUUUUCCUAGGCGUUUCACUUUGAAUUAAACCUUUGCCUUCAGCAUUGCUACAACUGCCUUGAAGUUGGGAAGCUUUGUGCUGCUGCAGGGCAGCACCAAGGGCUGGAUUUCACACCAGUUUAACCCUGACUGAUGGAGCAGGACACGUCCCACCAGGUGUGGGGUGCUGGGGGUGGUCCUGGAGUCUGGGAGCUCCAGGGAUGCCCCCGCUGUAGGUAAGAGGCAAAGCCCAAGCCGGGCGUUGGCAGGGCUGGUGGAGGUGUUCUCAGCAUGGAGAGUUUGUACCAGGGCUUGGGGGCACUGCUGGCUUUGGUGAGGGGCAGGAGCAGAGCCCCUUCCUCAUUCCCACAGCGUCGGAAUCCUGCAGCUCUCGGAGAUGCUGUCAGGCUAAAAAUAAUUACACAAACAAAUUCCUUCGCUGUGUAA